AUGUCGCAGAAAAUCAAGGUCACUGGAACCGUCGUGGAGCUUGACGGGGACGAGAUGACCCGCGUGAUUUGGAAGCUGAUUAAGGAGAAGCUCAUUCUCCCUUUUCUCGAUAUUCCCAUUGAAUAUUACGACCUUUCAUUGGAAAACCGAGACGAAACAGCUGACCAAAUCACCGUUGACGCCGCACACGCCAUUCAGAAGCACGGCGUUGGCAUCAAGUGCGCCACGAUCACCCCCGAUGAGGCUCGCGUGGAGGAGUUUAAACUUAAACAAAUGUGGAAAAGUCCAAAUGGCACAAUUCGAAAUAUUUUGGGCGGCACGGUUUUUCGUGAGCCUAUUAUGUGUAAGAACAUUCCGCGCCUGGUGACAACCUGGAAGUACCCCAUUGUUAUUGGGCGUCACGCGUUUGGCGACCAGUACAGGGCGACCGACGUGGUUUUGGACAGGCCAGGAACCUUUGAAAUGCGUUUUGUUCCCGCAGACGGUGGUGAACCGCAGGUGCACAAGGUGUACGACUUCAAGUCGGGCGGUGUUAUGAUGGGAAUGUACAACACGGAUGAAAGCAUUAAGGCUUUUGCAAAGAGCUGCUUUGAGUACGCCCUUUCCAAGCGGUGGCCCCUCUACUUGUCCACGAAGAACACAAUUUUAAAGCGUUACGACGGCCGUUUUAAGGACAUUUUUGCGGAAAUGUACGCAACGGCAUACGUGCAUAAGUUUAAAGAGGCCGGGAUUUGGUACGAGCACCGUCUCAUUGACGAUAUGGUUGCGUAUGCCAUGAAGAGUGAGGGUGGGUAUGUGUGGGCCUGUAAAAACUACGAUGGUGACGUUCAAUCUGACUCCAUUGCCCAAGGAUUUGGCUCGCUUGGCCUCAUGACCUCAGUUCUCAUGUCUCCGGACGGUCGAGUUGUGGAAGCUGAGGCGGCCCAUGGGACCGUGACUCGCCACUACCGGCAGUACCAGCGGAAUGAGGAAACGAGUACAAAUCCGGUGGCGUCUAUCUUUGCCUGGACGCGAGGCCUCAUUCACCGCGGCAAGCUGGAUAAUAACGGAAAGCUCGUCAAUUUUGCAACGCUGCUGGAGAAGGUGGUUGUUUCCACUAUUGAGGCCGGUUUCAUGACGAAGGAUCUUGCGAUUUGCAUAAAGGGGAUGCAACACGUCACUCGCAGUGACUACUUGAACACCCACGAGUUCAUCCUGAAGCUUUCCGAAGAAAUUGGGCGCGCGUAUGAGGUCAGCAAGAUCUGA